AUGGAGCUUCCUCAAUGUUAUCAUGACCAUAAUGAUUUUCUUUUCGGCAUUGGUUUUGGGUUUUGUCGUAAACUCAAUGACUAUAAAGUGGUAAAGGUUAGCAACUGUCGUGAUUCGUCUUCAUCGGAAGUUCAGGUUCAAGUUUAUAGUUCAAACAUGAAUUCUUGGAAAAUGAUAAAGAUAGAGAAUCCAAGUUCGUGGGCAUUGUUGCCUUUGUAUCGAGGCAACGGGUGUUUCAAUGGAGCUUUUCAUUGGCAAGGAUUGAAGAAAUCAUCAUCCAAGAAAAUUAUCAAAACCAUCGUAUCGUUUCAAUUUGAUGAGGAGGUGUUUCGAGAGAUCAAUUUGCCAAAUGAUCCAGAUUUUCAAGGUAACGUCGAGUUUUUUAUCACGGAAUAUCGGGACUUCUUCUCCUCUUUAGUUGUCAAACCAGAACCAAAUGUGAAUGUUUAUAAAGUAUGGGUGAUGAAGGAAUAUGGUGUGUCGGAUAGUUGGAUUAAACAACUCAACAUUGAAGUACCAAUCUCACAAGAUCAAACUUUUUAUGCAUUUACAUUUGAAUAUGAACGAACUGAAUUAAAUGUUGUGUAUGAUGAAAAGUAA